GGAAGUACCCAACUUGAGCUUGUUGAUCGCUUAUCCGAUGGCUCAGCAUUAACUUGUUGGAUAUAGAUAUUUGACAGGUUUAGUAUUGAACAUGCAGAUAUAAUUUCCUCAAAUAAGUUAAAGUCGAACUAUCCGAAUCUGCUUCUUUUGAAGAGCUCAGCGAUUGUAAUGCUUAAUCGAUAUUUCGGGUGCAAAGUUCCUAGAAUAUAAUUCUAACUGAAUGAGAACAUAAGUAGUAUUUUCAUGUACAGUAAGCCCAAAACCGUCUUUAAGAUCGUCUUGAUCGUCACUUCGAUAAAUUCCUGAUGGAAGUCAGAAGAAGGUGGGAAAAAUCGCAUUUUUAUAUGUUAAGAUUUAAAGCUAUUUUGUAGUAGUUUAUCUCGAAAGUUGUACAAAACAAAAUAAGCGGUUUUCGAAAUAAAUCGUCUUGAAAAAUAUGUCAUGUAGUUAGCAACCCUUACAUUACAAAACAAAAUAUCAAAAUAAAAGACAAAAGAUUACACUAAUAUUAUUAAAAACAAAAAAUGUAUAUUCUCUUUUCAACAUUGUACCGAAAGUGCAAUAGUAAAUUGAUCAGCUGCUCUCUACACCACAAAUCUCGCACAUCGACAACUUCUCUCUGGCUUAAGCAAGCUUACAUUGGUGGCGAAUGGUUGGACGCUGCCAGCGGUGCUACAUUCGAAGUUCGAAAUCCGGCAGAUAUGCAAGUGAUCGGCUGUGUGCCCGACAUGACUGCAGUCGAAGCGCAAAAAGCGAUAGAUGUCGCCACAAGAGCUUUUUACGCGACCGAAUGGAAGUUAAUUACAGCACGUGAGCGCUCGCAGUUGCUGAAGAAUUGGCACAUCUUGAUUUCACAGCAUUGCGCUGAAUUAGCUAACAUUAUCACGGCGGAAUGUGGAAAACCAUUGACCGAGUCACUAUCCGAGGUAGCUUAUGGUCAGUCGUUUGUCGAAUGGUUUGCCGAGGAAGCACGACGCAUUGAUGGCCAACUCAUCGCCAGUUCGGUGAGCAAUCAGGAGCUGCUUGUGCUGCGCGAGCCGCUUGGUGUCGCAGCACUCAUAACACCAUGGAACUUUCCAAUGGCCUUAGUCUUACGCAAAGCAGCAGCCGCUUUGGCGGCCGGCUGCACAGUCGUCGUCAAACCUGACGAAAAUACACCACUUACCUGCUUAGCACUCGCUAAACUUUCCCAAAUGGCCUGUAUACCAGCUGGUGUUUUCAACGUGAUCACCACGAGUGGAGCUCCUGCCAUCGGUGAGCUCUUCUGCCGGAGCCCGCUGGUGUGUGGCAUCUCUUUUACCGGCUCCACCGAAGUUGGCAAACUUUUGUUUCGUGAAUCAGCUGGCUUGCUAAAACGUGUUUCGUUAGAACUCGGCGGUAAUGCACCAUUCAUUGUCUUUGAAUCAGCUGACAUAGCCGAAGCAGUGAAAGGUGCAAUGUUAUCGAAAUUUCGAAACGGCGGACAAACUUGUGUCUCAGCAAACCGUUUUUACAUACAUUCUGCUGUGUAUGAAGACUUUCUGAAACAGUUGCAAGCACAAGUUGAAGCUUUGAAAAUUGGUCCGGGAUACGAUAAAAGUGUGGACAUUGGUCCACUCAUUAAUACAGCACAGCUAAAGCGAAUUGAGGUAUUCAUGAAGGAUGCACUUUCCAGACAUGCAAAGGUAAUAUGCGGUGGUAAACAUUUGCACGAAAUCGGUGAACUCUUCUAUGCACCCACCAUCAUUACCGACGUGGACCGUACAGCACGUAUUUAUCGUGAAGAGAUCUUCGGACCAGUUAUUACAUUGGCAAAGUUUGACACGGAAGACGAAGUUGUAACCAGGGCAAAUAGUUCACGGCGUGGGUUAGCGGGGUACUUCUAUAGUCAAAACUUGCAAGAAGUAUUCAGAGUGGCGCGACGACUUGAGGUUGGCAUUUUGGGCGUUAAUGUAGGACUGGCGUCUCAGGCGGAGGCACCAUUUGGCGGCAUCAAAGAGUCCGGUAUCGGACGUGAGGGAGGACAUUAUGGCAUCGAUGAAUUUACUGAGAUAAAGUAUAUCUGUUUGGGUGGAUUGAAGUACGAAUGAGUGGGAGGUGGGCAAAAUAUCCAUGCUGAAA